AUGUUUUCAACGCUCCCAGAUUUGACACCACGAGAUAUCCAUUCUCUGUGGUAUACGCCAUCCAGAAAUCCCACCCAUGCUGUUAUAACUGAGAGCGCCCCUCAAGAGGGGAACAACCACAACAAUGGCACAAACCCAUCGCGCCAGCGAGGGCAACUCAUCGAGCGCACUGCUCUACAUCGACUAGCUACAGAUGAGUUCAUCAUAUCACGGCGCAAACACAAUGUCUCCAAUUUCGGCAGCCACUGGCUGAAGCCUCCCGGUGUACCCAAAACACUGCAUCAAAUGCGUGAGGAAAAGCGCGAGCAGGAGGAACACCAGGAGGCACUCCGGCGAGAGCAGCUCGCCCAGGAGCUGGCUGAUGCAGAGGCUGAAGCUGCUGGGAUGGCAGAGGGCGAGAUGGAUGACGUGCAACUCGACGGCGCGCAAGACCUCGAUGACGAGAUUCCAGACGCAGGGGACGACUUCUUUAUGGGCGGUGAUAGCGAUGAGGACGAGGAGGAAGGCGACGAGGCUGAGGAGGAAUACGAAGACAACACCGAUGAUGAAGAAGCUGUCCGGGAGGAACGACAGAACGACCUCAUGGCAGCCCGGAUGCGGAUGACUGACGAUGCGUUUCGAGAAGCCAUUGCUCGAGGUGGCACCGAUGGCGAGGAUAUGUAUGGCGGAGAGGAGGAGCUCGAAGAGGAGUAUCAGGAACACAUACUAGACGAGACUGAUUUCGCCCACGAUGGAAUUGAGGAUGACGGGGGCAUCGAUAUGGACGCCGACUUGGACGACGACAUUCCGGAGGCGGAAAGUGGCGGGUAUGAACAUACCGACUCCGAGGCCGAACUCAGCAGCAGCGACAGAAGCCAACUGAGCGACGAUGGCUAUGGGGGUGAUGAUGCCGAAGGGGAUUCUUUUGGUCCUCGCGUAACACCUAUGGGCCCGCCUCAGUCACCCACUCACCACAGCCGUAGCCAUGGCCGUCAGUUCGCUCCGCGUGGUAGCAUGGAGUUCUCUGCCCUCCUCUCGCAAGAUGGCAGCAGCUUUAUGGACAGCAGUCCCGCACAGGGCCGACGAUCGCGGCAAUAA